ACAUUGCACGAACAUAGCUUAUGAUCAAAAAGUUUUGCCGGAAAUAUGGGAAAGAAGGGGAGUGGUGGUGGAUGGUUCUCGACGGUGAAGAAGAAAGUCUUCAAAUCCUCUCCUAAAGACUCAAAGAGAGAGAACAACAUUGGUAGUAAUAACGCCGACAUAUGGCAGCAGCAACACGAUACGCAAGAAGUCGUGUCGUUUGAAAAUUUUCCGGCGGAAAGUUCACCGGAGAUCUCUCAUGACGUCGAGAGCACAGCUUCUACUCCAGCAACCAAUGUUGGAGACAGAAAACACGCCAUGGCUGUGGCUAUAGCUACUGCAGCUGCUGCCGAAGCCGCGGUUGCAGCUGCACAAGCGGCCGCUAAAGUCGUUCGGCUUGCCGGCUACAACCGCCAGACGGAGGAAGAUACCGCCGCCGUGCUCAUCCAAUCGCAUUAUAGGGGUUAUUUGGCGAGGCGAGCACUUCGUGCCUUAAAGGGACUAGUUAGGCUACAAGCAUUGGUCCGUGGCAACCACGUUCGUAAACAGGCACAAAUGACUAUGAAAUGUAUGCAAGCUUUGGUUCGUGUCCAAGGCCGAGUCAGAGCGAGAAGACUCCAAGUGGCUCAUGACCGGUUUAAGAAACAGUUUGAGGAAGAAGCGAAGCGGUCCGGGAUGGAAAAACCGAACAAGGUGUUUGCGAAUCUCAAAACCGAACGAGAGAAACCGAAGAAAUUGCAUGAAGUGAAUCGAACCAGCCAGUACCAAACUCCGGGAAAGGAAAAAGAGAGGAGUGAAGGAAUGAUGAAAAGAGAGAGGGCUCUUGCUUAUGCAUACACUUACCAGCGCCAAAUGCAACACACAAAUGGUGAAGAGGGAAUUGGGCUUUCUUCUAAUGGGCCUGAUAGAAACCAAUGGGCUUGGAAUUGGCUUGACCAUUGGAUGUCUUCUCAGCCAUACACAGGCCGUCAAACCGGCCCGGCUCCAGGUCCCGGACAGUACAAUCCUCCUCCGUAUCCGCCUUUCCCGACAGCCGCGGCAACCACCACAUCUGAUGAUGUAUCGGAGAAGACGGUGGAAAUGGACGUGAACACUCCAACUAGCCACAAGGACAAUAUAAUCGGGCUUAUUGAUCGAGAGUAUAUAGACUUAGGAUCAUAUAGACAAGGCCAUAAGCAACGGAAAAGCCCAACCCAUAUACCAAGCUAUAUGGCUCCAACCGCAUCUGCUAAGGCUAAAGUUCGAGACCAAGGCACAACCGUCAAGCUACAAGGAACUUCAUUUAUGCCGUAUUGGAACUCCUCAACCAAAAACGGGUCGGUUAAUGGAUCAGGUUGUGAUUCAUCAAGUUCAGGUGGAGCAAUAACAACCGGUUAUCCCGGUCCUAGGAGUCCUAACCCGAAAUCGGAUAUCCGACGUAAACCGGUUAGUCCUAGUCAAAGUCCUACCGGGUUUGGAAAGAGACGCUGGAGGCAUGAUCAUUAGAAGAAAUCAUCUUAAAUCUUGAAUAAAAACUUACAUGUGUGGUUGGUUAAUUAUCGUGUUUGAAAUAUAUUUUCGUUGCUACAUAAUUGUAUAUGACAUUAAUAAUGGAACAUGUCAUCU